AUGAAUCCGGACUGUAUACCUCGGUUAAUGGAACAUAAGAGGUUGAUACAAAGAGUAAAUACACACCUUUGGGCCUAUGCUACUACUCGCAAUGUUUUAACACUGGCAGAUAUGGAACAAUUAAUACAGAUGGCAUCACCAAAUGAAUAUCAACUACUUGGUCCGAUUAUAAGAUUACCAGCUGCAUUAGAAAUAUUACAAACCAGUGAAUUCAAUCCACGUGUAAUCACAUGCUUCACAUUGGGAAGUACAAAUCAAGUAUUAAAAAUGUGUACAGAGGAUAUUUUGAAUGAAUUGAAAGAAUGCAUUUGCAAAAAUCGUUAUCGUCUGCCUACAACGGUUAGUCGUGGAUCAGUUUAUACAUGGUGGGAAUCAGUAUUCACUCAGCAUAUGUUAGCAAUUUUGGACAAUGUCAGAGUUGCAAAUUUAAAUAGUCAAUCUGAUACAUUAGACCAACUUGCCAAGUAUGGUAUAAGAAUUAAGGGAUUCACUCAUAUUGCACAAGAAAUUAUCAACGGUCUGCGUCCUGAAAAUCUUAACAAGGCCUCUAGAUUGGCUCAAGAACAAUUAGAUAAUGAUAUACGUCAAAUAUAUGAAAAAUUCGCCUCUUCUCUGUUAAGCGACCGUGCUAUGAAGUUGCAUAGAUCAAGAAAACCUAUUAUUGUUUUAAAACAACUGGCCAAUUGUGCUACAAAACUGCACAUUGAACUGCAAAAUUGGGCAGAUGAGAAAAAUUUAGUUUGGCCUGAAGGUCAUUUAGACUCAUUACUGGUAUUUGGUCAGUUUAUGCAGCGAAUUGCCGCUACAGGGCCUUUUCGUACACUUGUACAUCUACUAAUUUUAAUCUUCAACACAGAAUCAAUGGAUAUCAAUAAACUGUUAACUCGAGUUUUAUCUUCUACUCAGAAGGCAAACAGUGUAUUGGCAUCAUCGUCAACACCACCAGCAGCAACAUCAUCAUCAUCAUUAGACUUUAUUGAUUUAACCAUGAAUUCAGAUAAUGAAGAGGAUAAAUUGUGUGAAACUGCACCUGAUAUUGAUGAUGAUAAUAUUGCUGAUAAAUAUCCCCAAUUAACAGAGAUCGUAGACCGAUUUAAUCAAUUGUUAAGUCAACAGACAGAAAAUAAUGAACAAAAACAAUCAGAAAAUUUAUGGUUAUCACUUGCAUCAUUGGAAAGGGAACUUUUAACUCAAUUGGAUCAGAAAUGUAAAACCUCCAGGAUCAAUAUCAAUUCUUCCCGAUCUCUGUUAAGUUAUCUAUCUGAGGCUAUAAACAAAGAUGCAAACAGUGUGACUCCAUUUCCAGUUAAUUUGACCAAUAUUCAACAAGACAAGACAGGUACUAAUAGUUCUGAUUUUACUGGUUCACAGAACACUAAUGUGUCUGAAGCUGAUCAGAAGUCUUUAUCAAACGAUGUAGAUCCUGCUGUAGUUUUUGAUUUUGUACAGAAGUUAACUUGUAUCUCUUUAAGAAGCAAAGAAGAAUUGUGUAAACUUGUCUGUGAUAACUUAAAUAUUCAAUAUUCACCAAAAUUGGAUCAAUUCAUUGGUUCAAUUCUAUCUCAACUUGCUGAUGAUUGUGAAGAAGAGAAUAAAUUGAAACCUUUAGUUUAUCAUCAUAAUGUCCGUCUACCGAGUAUUUUAACUACUGAAGAAAUUCAACAGUCUAUGAGUUCAAGAUCAUCGACUAUAAUCUCUCGUCUACUUACUCAACGUGAUUAUUUAUUGAAAUUUCUAUCAACUUGUCCAUCUUUAACCGAUUUAGAAGUAUGGUCUCAAUGGUAUCAAGAUGGCUUAUUCUAUGAUCGUUGGGGUAGUCUAGACUUAUUUCUUAUGCAACAUGAGAAUGCUGACAUGUGUAGUAGAUUCAAUUUAAUGGCUAUUCGUAUACUACCGUAUGGUGGUCCAAUACUUCGACUAACUGCACAUCCUUCAGUUAACGACUUAAAAAAUGCCCUAGAGAAAUGGCAAUGUAGUCGAAAUACUCAUACAAUUCGUCUUAUCGGUGAUUAUUUAAUUGGUGCAGUUAUUAAAACCACUUCACUAUCAAGUGAACAAGCGUGUUCAUCUCUUCAACGUCUAUUCACUACUCAUGAUACAUCUAGUUCAGAUCCCGAUGAAUGGAUCCACUUUGUGUACAGUUUAUUGAUGAAUCUACCCUUCAAUUUAUUCAGUUUGGUGUUUUCUUCGAUUGUUGUCCCUAGUCUACAAUCAGCAGGGAUACGAAGUUCUACUUCUUGGCCAUUGGAUACAGCUGAUAUUUCAUUGAAAAAUUCAUCUAUCAAUUAUAGUCUUUUGCAUAUUCUCUUUGAUGAAGAUCUUCUUCCUUUGUACAAAUGUAAUAAUAUUGAAGCUGACUCCCAUUGGACUAAAAAUCAUUUAAUUUCAGCUAUAGGUAGUAUUGGUUAUCAACUUAAAUGGCCGGCGUAUAUUAAAUUUUUUGAAGAGAAUCGUUUCAAGCUUAUUGAUGAUAAAAUGAACAUUGAAAUUGUUUGUCAACCAGCAACAAUCACUGUCUUCCCAUCAUCAUCAUCACUACAACACACUCAACGAACAUCUGAAGAAGAUGAUGGUGGUCAUGAAAGUGGUUUUGAGAUAACCGAGGUGAAAGAAGAUACUCUAUGCAAUGUGUCAACAAUUAAUGAGAAUACUAAUAUAGAACUUGAUGAUACCAUAUGUGAAUGUACAGUGGAAAAUAUGACUAAACAAUUGGUGAUAAUUGAUUCAAAGGAUAUUUCUGAUCGUCGUCAAUUUAUUGAAGAUAUUAGACGCCGAGAAUUUGGAUUAGGUGCAGAAUUGAGCCAGGAGGCAGCUGAUUUAGUUCAGAGAGUUGAAGGUAAAUUGUCUCGAAGUCUUAUCCAGUUAUCAGAAGAACUGUAUGGAUUACCAGGACACUUUCUACUGGAAUUAAUUCAAAAUGCUGAUGAUAAUACAUACUCCGUAGAUGAGAUACCAACAUUAGAAUUUUGUUUAUCUUGUGUUAAGAAGACGUUAACUGAAAGUGAUGACAAUAAAAACUUGUCAUUACUCGUUAUGAACAAUGAAUCAGUUGGAUUUAGUGAAAAUGAUAUGUCUGCUCUAUGUGAUGUUGGUUUAAGUACAAAGGUGACUCAACGUGACUUGAAGAUAGGACGUAAAGGAAUUGGUUUCAAAUCUGUCUUCAACAUUACAAAUAUGCCUGAAGUUCAUUCCAAUGGUUUUCAUGUUCGUUUCCGUAGACAAUCGAAGAUAGCUAAUACAUCAGAUACACAAACUCCUUCAUUAAUACUAGUUCCUGAAUGGUGUGAAGAGAAUUCAACAGUAUUAGAUAACUCUGAAGUUCCAUCAUGGUGUAGAACUUUAUUUGUCUUACCAUUGACAUAUGGGGUUACUGGUCGCUCAAUUAUUCAAUCUCCUGCGCUUCAAGUCACACAGUUAAUUCAAACUACGUUAAAUCCCAGCUUAAUGCUUUUUCUUAGACGUUUACAAUGUCUUACGUUUACUUCGACGGAAUCAAACAUUCACUGGACAUUGAAACGUACCAUUAACACACUAUCUACCUUCAUGGUAGGUAAAAUUCAGUGUUUCACACAAGUGAUUACAGUUCAUGAAACUCAGCGUAAUUUAUCUACAAAUGGUGAUAAGAAUAAAAUACAUAAAUGGUUAUCUUUCAAAGAAAUUAUUCCGGUUGAUUUUAAGCAAUCAAGUAAUAAGAAUCUUCCAUCACAAACAGAAAUUUCUUUGGCGAUUUCACUUACUGACCCAGAACCAUUACAGAUUUGUCCAAUCUUCUGUUAUUUACCUGUACGCAGUGUAGGAUUUCGAUUCUACAUUAAUGCUGAUUUUGACUUAACUUCAUCUCGUGAAGAUGUGGAUUCAACCAGUUCUUGGAAUCAUUGGCUUGUAGGCAAAAUUUCAAACGUGUUUGCUGAUAUGAUUCAGUGUAUUGAAAAGUUACCAGCAGAUUGUUUCACAUCGAAUAAUGAUAAUAAGAUGAAUUCGUCUCAAUUCAAUAAUCAAUUAGGAUAUACACGUAUUGAAUUGAUUGCUCGUAUCCUCUCUUGUCUACCGUAUAAUUUAUUACCAUCAACUAAAUUGACUAAUCAUUCUACAAUUACAUCAUCUGGAUCAGUAGGAACAAUAACAAUUGAUAAUGUCUUCUUUGGUCUUCCAAGUCAAUUACAAUCUAAAUUGUCAGGCAAAAUAUGGUUACCAGGUGUUCGUUCAUCUAAUGAUUUAUCUAAUUAUGAAACAAUUGAAUUUGUAUCAGCAUAUCGUUUAUUAAUUAUUCCACCAUCUUCUUUAUCAUCAUCAUCAUCAUCAUCAUCAUCAUCAUCAUCAUCACUGUCACGAUUGAACAUGGAAAACAAACAUCCUUCAAAAGAUUCUGAGUCCGCGAAUUCAAUGAAUGCUGAUUUAGUUCUUUUACACCUUCUCAUCGAUUGUCUAAAAAUGUUUGAACCUCAUCCAAAUCUAUUUUUAAGCAAAAAGUCAACUGUGUUAGCAGCAUCAACUGAUGCUACUACUGCUAAUAGCUACGGUGGUGAUGAUAUUAAUGCUGACGACGACGACGAUGGUUAUAAACUGCAACGUAACCAUUUGAUAAAUCGAAUUCGAAUGGAAUCAUUAAUUUGGCUUGGAGCAAAAUCGAUUUCAGUUUCAUCUCUAUUGGAUUUAGCUAUACAAUUGAUGCCUAAGGAUGUUCACCGUCCUGGUCUUUUAUCAGUAUUACUAUCAAGUCUUGAAGCUUGCCUCUCUGCUGAAGAUAAAUCUCCGUCAUCAUCAGAACCAUCAUCUCGAUCAACUAGAAGUGGAGUAUUAGCAACACUUCGAUAUUUGCGUAUUUUUCCUCUAACUAACGUUGAUGCUUUGUUAAUUGGAAUCACAUAUGAUGAUUAUAUACAAAUGUUGAGCAAAUUAGGCCCAUUAGUAAAACCAGAUGCAUUUCAUAAUCAUCAUGGUGUAUAUAAAGAAUUUUCUUACCUAUUAAUCAAUGAAUCACCAAUUGGUUUAGGAUUACAAAUUGCUACACCUUUUAUUGUUCUCAAAGAAUGGAUAAUACCUUAUUUAAAAGAUUUAUAUCAAGGUGUAUAUGAAGAUUUAGAGAAAAAAAUGAAUUGGUGCCUAACAAUUGGACAAUUCUAUGCUUCAAUUGAUAUGAAUUUCAAUCAAUUAUGUAUAACAUCAUUGUGUGAAUAUGAAUUUCCCACUAUGUUACCAAUAGUAGUUUCAAAUAAACUCAAUGAGAAUCGUAUCUUACCAGCAUUAUGCUCUGAGAAUGGAUUUAGACGUAUGGAAUCAAUAUUUUUACCACCAGCUUCAUUCACAAUUAUUACUCCUUCAUUGAUAAGAGAUUGUAACAAGAAUUCUAUGGAAGAAUUAGAAGUUGAUUUAUUUAAAUUCUUAGUUGAUCAAAUAAAUGAUUCUGAUUGUAUAUAUACAGUAUCAUCAAGAUAUUUUCAAGAGUUUUCAACUGAUCAACGACAAGGUUGUCGAUGGUUUAAUCUAUUUUCUGGUGCUGGUGUGUGUACUUUACUGUCUGUGCAUAAGGUUAAAUAUGUUUAUCAGUCAGCUACUACUACUGCGAUUACUACUACUAACACUGAUGUUAAAUUAUCCACCUUAUCAAAAGACAUAAUACAGUUACCUAAAAAUCAUCGUUUAGAAAAGCUGAUGGCUGAAGCAUUGAGCAAACUAGGCUCAACGUCAACUAUUAUCAAUGAAUCAUCGAAGCAUAGUAGUGUAAACGAUGAAGUAUGGUUAAUCGAAGACUACAUUUCACCUGGUAUGGAUCUACUUUUGACGUGUAUAUCUCGGCUUCAGGACAAGACUACUGGGAAGAGUGUAGCAGAACGUUUAAGCUGUUUACUUCACGACAAUUGGUCUUCAUAUGAAGCAGUUCAAUCAGCAUUCUAUAAACAUAUGAAAAUUGAAGUUGAUUAUCAAAUGAAUUCAUCUACAAAUAUAUCGAAGAAAUUGAAUUCAACUUCAGGUUUACCUAAUGUUGUUGUUGAUACAUUGCACUAUUUAUCUUAUGCAUCAUGGUUAAACAAACUACGUGAAACUGCUUGGUUACCUGUUGAACAAAUUCAACCUAAUUCUCCAAUUCAACUACUUCAACCAAUUAAUUCACAAAUGAUUUAUUCACCUUCAGCUUUUUUCCAUUUGGAAUCUCAGAAUCCACAAUUAUCAAAACUGCUUAAAGAAACAUGUUAUAUUUGGUCACCUGGUGGAUAUAUUCUUAAAAAUCCACCAGAUUGUCAAUUUACAAAAGCAAUUGGUCUUAUCAACCAACUGGCGCCAUCAACAUUUGAAAGUUUAAUGAAAUGUUUGGGUCAUAAAGCCAAAGAGAACCCUUUAAAUCUACCUAAGUUAACACCAGAUUUAAUGUUGUUUAUUUAUCGUACUGCUGUACAGUAUUAUUUACGUGAAGAUUAUUUACAAACUAUGAAUACAAGUAUUGAAAAGUCUUUAACAUAUUGGCUUCGAUCUAUAUUUGCUAAUUCUGCUUAUCCAUGCAUUCUAGUUCAAUGUCCAAGAACAAUUACAUCAAAAUAUAUGUGUAAACGUUCACGUAAAGAUAAUAAUAACAAUAAUAAUGAUAAUGAGGAAGUUGAUGUUAUCGUUGAAAUCAAUGAUUAUGACUGUCCUAUUUGUCAUACUGAUUCCAAAUUGACACCAAUUAAAGUAAUGCCUAGAAAACGAUUUCAUUGGUCAAAUGUUGGUUAUACACCUGUAGUCGAUAUGAAUGAUAAUCUUGAUGAAUAUACACCUAUCUAUCAUUUAGUUAACAUUGAUAUUGUCUGUUGGCAGUCAAUUACUAUAGAUCAUAUUUUCAAUUCUAAUUAUUAUCAUAAAGAAAUAAAUACAUCAAUUAUUUCUCUUCAUGAUGUGGAUGUUGAUAAAGAUGAAGAUAUUAGUGAAUAUUUAGAUGAUCAGUGUAUACUGAUAAACUCUUCAGAGAAUAUUGAUGAACAAAUAUCUCUUCAUGUUAAGACUACAAAUCAUCCACGUGUAUUUGCCUUGUCGAAAUGUUAUAAUUUAGAAACUCGUCAGUUUUUCAUUGAAAGGCUUGGUUUACCAUCAACUUCAACAAUUGAUGAAGUUCUCGCUCUACGUCCCAAUCUACCAAAUACUCUAAAUAAUAAACACAAAAUGUCAUUGUUAUCAUACACUAAGUCUUUAUAUGACUUCAAUAAACAACUAAGUCAAUGGUAUGCAUUAUUAGAUUAUUGUCUACGUGAAGAAUAUUUAACUCAAUGCAGAUUAAAUGAUGAGAAUAAAAAAGAAGGCAGUGGUGAAACUAGUCAAAGUAUAAUGAAGCAAACAAAACGACAAGAUUUAUCCAUGAUGAAUAUUGAUGCAGAAUUGAAUAAAAGCCAUUUAUUGGUACAUUUAAGACAAUUCCCAAUUUUAUUAGAUUCAACAGGACAAUGGCAUAGACCAUGUGAUGUUGUUACACUACUACCUGUGACAGAAGGCAAUGACUCUAACAUUAGUAGUAGUACUAGUCUGUCAACUGUUGAAUAUACUGAUAAAAGUUCAAAAAUUUGUUUAUUUGCUUGGUCGAAACCAAUCUAUGCUAGAAUGAUUCAUGAAGAAGUCUACUGUAAACAAUUGAAUCGAAAAGAUAAUAACACUGAUGUUAUUUCUUCAUCUAUGCCUACGUCAGAUUUUCCAUUCAGAGUUAUGGCACAAAGUUUAGGUUGUCUACACGCACGGUAUGUUCCAGUUGACAGUCUUUCAAAGCGUAUACCAUCAUCAGUAUUUAGCUCUUCUUUGUUACUGGAUCAGUUCACAUCAUCAUCAUCUUCGUCAAGACAGUAUCAUUGUGAAGGAACUGCACAUGGUCUAUUACUUGAUUUAUUUGGCUUACCGGUCAUAGAUCGUACCGGAGAAUUAUUUAUCAAGCAUCAUCAAGAUAAAAAUUAUCCUGCCUCUGGUAUAAAAUCUGAUUCUUUCAUGAUACCAUGUCGUUCAUUGGAUAUGUUUUUAAAAGGUCUUAUGCGUUUGAUUAUGUUAUGGUGUUCUUCAAAUCAAUCCUUGUCUAAUGCUAAGAUUCAUUCAUCUAGUGAUGGUAGCAGCAGUGGUAAUGGUAUUAACACCAACAACAUCAGGCAUCAUGAUUCUACAAUUGCAAUUGAUCAGGAUAUUGUUAACUCGAUAAUUGAGUCGAAGGAGAUAGAUGCAUUUUUGGUUGAUCAUCUACAAUUAUGUCUCAGUUUCAAUAUACCUUCUUCUAUAAUCUCUAAUUCAAGUUUAUUGCAUACAUCAAGUAUUUCAAGACGUUUAAUUGCUUAUCUACUAAAUAAAAAAUUAUUUCUUGACAGUACAUUAGGUGCUAAUAUUUUUGCUAAUUUAUCACAAAUUCUACCAGAUCAUAGUACACAAUUAAUUUAUUUACUAUCUGGUUCAAUAAAUGAUCCAAUUCUUCAUAAUACUAUUCAAAGUAACAAUAAUAUUAUAGAAGAUUCAAUAUUAUUACAAAUUAUUAAUUGUAUUUGUCCAUAUGGUGGACAAAGUAAAAUUAGUUUAAUACAAUUUAUUCAAGGUUUUAUUAAUCUAGCUUUAUCUAUUCAACCUGAUUUAACGACAUUGAUAAAUCAAACUAUAAACUCUACAUUCUUGAGUCAAUUAGAGAAUUAUCUAGUCUCACAUGGAGUGAAACAACGUAGAGCUAGACAUGAAUUAAGUCUUUUAUACCCUUCACCUCCAUUACAACUACAAACAUCAUCUUCAUUAUUAUUAUUAUCAUCUGUGAAUCAAAUAGAAAGUGAAAUCUUAACAACUUCUAAUACUACUGAUCAUUUAUCAACUGGACAAUCUAUGAAUGAACAGGCAACUUCAUUGACUUCAUUCGAUCAAAUACGUUCCAAAUCACAAACAUUUAAUCAACAAAGUACAAGAUUUGAUACAACACUUAAUAAUGCUAUGCAAGCUGCUGCAGCUCCUUUUAUUCGCCUUUCAAAAGAAACAAGAGAAAUAAUUGAUAAUCUUCAGUCUGUAUCAACCUUUUGGUCACAUGAUAAUACAAGUCUUCCUGAAUACUUAACAACUCGUUUACAUCGUAUCCUAUCAAAUCCAUCUGAAAGAUCAACUGGUAUUGGUCGUAUAGGUGAAUUGUAUAUUUAUCAUACACUUCUGGAAUAUAUUCAUCGUAAUGAACAUCAUCAGAGUAAUUUUGAUGAGGUAACUAGUUAUGAAUUCCCUACAGGUCAUCCAAUACUUGGUGUUGGCCGACUUAUAAGAUGUAAUUGGUGUAAUGCAGAUACGGAGUCUUUAAGACCAUAUGAUGUUGAAGUGGAUGUUCAAGUUGAAUGUGAUGCAAAUAAAUGGGAAGGAUUAUUAAGAAGUUUAAAAGAUGAACUAGCUAACAAUGUUGUUCGUGUUCUGCGUAGUCCUUCUUCACGUCAAGAUACUUCUUCAUCAUAUUCAUCUUCAAGAUCAGGUCUAUUAUCAGUUGGUCCUAUAUUCCUUGAGGUUAAGUCAACUGUGAAGUCUGCAACCAAUCAUAAUAACAGUAAUAAUAACGAUAAUAAUAAUAAUAACAGUAAUAAUGAGAUGGAUAUCAAUGCUGAAACAGAUCUAUUUGAAUUCUCAUUACCUGAAGUUGUAUGUGCAUCUCAACAAGGUUGGCGUUAUCAUUUAUUACGUGUAAUAUGGAAAACUGAUAUCAAUCCAGAUGUAUUACAAAUGACUAGUGUAUCAUCAUCUGCUCCUAAAGUUAUUCAUAUCCCAGAUUUAGCUGGUGUACUAAAACAGAAGUCAGUAAAUUUAAGAUUAUGCCUAGCCAUGUUACGAAGUGAAUGA